AUGAGUGAUCGUCACAAAAAGCACAAAAAACAUCACAAACGAAGUCGUUCCCGCUCACCAUCAUCACGAAGAGACAAAAAAUACGACAACUACAAUCGUUACAGAGACGGCGAAUCCUCAAGUCGUUCCAAAAACCACCGUGACGAGUCUCCAUCUCGCGAGGAAACAAAUUUACUCGAAUUCUCCUUCCUCAACUACAAAUACGAGCUGAACCGGAUCCUCCUGGGCAACUAUUAUCGCGAAUCUUUAGUCGAUGACGUCGAUGAUUUUUGGCUUUUUGUGCGAAAAUACGAGAAUUUAUUAAAAAAAUCUGGUCAAUGUCUUCUUCCAAUACCAAAAGAUCCAGAAAAAAGUUCUUCUGAGGACAUUCCAUCGACUUAUGACAAAGUUCACAGCAUCAGUUUGUACUUUACGACGCCCUUUGACGAGCUUUUCGCGAGAUUGCCGCAAUCAGAAAGACGACAUCACUUAACCGAGUUGAAAAUUAAGCAAUUUUUGGGAAUUCUCACGCAUUACAUGGACUUCCGUCAAAAGGAAAAAUUUAAUAAAUUAAAAAAAUUGCGAAAAGCUCAACGAAACUUACCCGUAGCGGCUCACAGAGAGGAAAUUGUUGCCGCAGUGCGAUCGAAACAGGUUGUGAUCUUAGCUGGAGACACGGGAUGCGGCAAAUCGACGCAAGUUCCGCAAUAUUUGGUCCAAGGAGGCUUCGAUAAGAUUGCUUUGACCCAACCGCGGCGUUUGGCAUGCAUCGCGCUCUCGAAACGAGUCGCUCAUGAGAUGCUCUGUGAAUAUGACAACGUCGUCGGGUACCAAAUCCGGUUCGAACGCAACAAAAAUGUCAAAACAAAAAUUCUUUUCAUCACGGAGGGACUUUUGCUGCGCCAAUUGUCAGUCGAGGAGAACUUGGAGCAAUAUUCCGUGUUAAUUCUCGACGAAGUGCACGAAAGAAAUUUAUUCGGAGACUUUCUUCUGGGGAUUUGUAAAUGUUUGUUACGAGCUCGCCCCGAUUUGAAGCUCGUUUUGAUGUCGGCGACGAUAAAUUUGAAACUUUUUAGCGAUUAUUUCGCCGAAGAACAAGCUCAUGUGAUCGAAGUGCCUGGAAGACUUUACCCGAUCAAGCUUCAUUACAUGCCCGUGUUCAAAGAUGUCGGCAGCAAACGAAGUUCUCGCAUCGAUCCGCAGCCAUACAUCAGUAUCAUGUCGCUAAUUGACCAAAAAUACCCGAAAGAGGAGAAAGGAGACCUUUUGAUCUUCCUCAGUGGCUUGAACGAGAUCACGACAGUUGAGGAGGCAGCCAAAGCCUAUGCGGAAAAAAAUAAAAACUGGAUAAUUUUGCCGUUGCACAGCCAAUUAGCGAUUGCCGAGCAAGAUAAGGUCUUCGAUUACUGCCCGGAUGGCGUGCGAAAGUGCAUUAUUGCGACAAAUAUCGCGGAAACGUCAAUUACCAUCGAUGGCAUUCGAUUUGUCGCGGAUUCGGGCAAAGUGAAGGAAAUGUCGUACGAUGCGCAAUGCAAGAUGCAACGAUUGAAGGAAUUUUGGAUCAGCAAGGCGUCAGCGGAGCAACGAAAGGGACGUGCAGGACGUACGGGACCCGGGGUUUGUUAUCGCCUGUACAGCGAAAAGGAUUACGAAGAACUCGAACCAUUUACGACGGCGGAAAUUCAAAAAGUUCCCCUUGAAUCGGUGUUGCUGCAAAUGAUCUCGAUGGGACUUCCGAAUGCGCGACUUUUUCCCUUUAUUGAGCCGCCCCCAUCGGAAAAUAUGGAAAAUGCGAUACUGGCGUUGAAACAAAUUGAUGCGCUGACAGCUGAUGAGAAAUUGACGCCGUUGGGAAAAGCAUUGGCGAGAAUUCCGGUUGAUAUUACCAUUGGGAAGAUGUUGAUGGUUGGAUGUGUUUUUCGACAAUUACAACCGGUUCUGACUCUGUGUGCUGCGUUGAGUAUUCAGUCGCCAUUUACGACAAGGGCUUAUCGCGAUAAGGAGUGUGAGGAAGCCCGCAAAUCCCUCGAGUCAGAUCACGGCGAUCCAAUCACCCUACUUAACGCCUACCGCGAAUGGCUCGAACUCAAACAAGACUAUUUCCAACACAAAACCCGCGAAAAUUCCAAAAACUGGUGUCGCAAACGCGGGAUCGAAGAGCAACGUUUUUACGAAAUCACCAAAUUACGUCGGCAAUUCGAAGAUUUGCUAAAAGAUUGCGGCUUAAUCGAAAUGAUGGAGAAAAAGGAGCUUUCGAGUGCUGAACGAGCCAUUCGUAACGGCGAAAUGCGUCAAUUGAAGCAACUUAAGCGAGCUCACAAGAUGGAAGCACCUCGAAAAAAGAAGUUAUUGCGUCAUGAUGCCUUUGAAGUUGACCGAAACGAGGAGGAGGAAGACGAUCGGGGCACACUUGACAUCCGAGACGUCGAAAUGCGAAUGAGUCACGAUGCUUCGCGGAUGCAAAAUUUACUUUCGGGCUCGACGGCGUGCGAUUAUCGCGAUUUGAUGACAAUUAAAGUGAUUCUCACGAGUGGAUUGUAUCCGCAAGUAGCGAUCGCGGACGAAUUUAAUCACUUGAAAUCCGUGAAUGAGCAAUUUUUUCAUACAAAAACGAAACCUUACACUUGCCUGCAUCCCAUGUCGUAUUUCGGGAACAAUUCGCAAAUUUUGCAACUCACAGCGGACGAAAUUGAGGAAAAAACGGAGUCAUUUCAGUCGAAAAUGCCCCUAAGUGCGAAACAUCAACUUUUGUGCUACGUAACGUUGCUCGAAACAACCAAACCUUAUCUCAUGAGCACUUUUCGGAUGCCGGCAGCUCAAACCCUUCUUCUUUUCUCGCACGUAAUUGACGCGAAUCUCACUUGUUCGCGUGUUAUUUGCGACACUUGGCUCUUAUUGGAGUUCCCAUCGCCCGAUUCUGGCCUAAUUUUACUCUCGAAAGCGCUAAAAGUGCGUGCCACGUGGUCCAAAUUGCUCAGCGAAAAAUUAGAAAUAGUCGAAAAUACGUCGCUGGACAACGAAACGAAGAAAAAAGAGGGAAAUUUACUCGAAAAAUUGGAAUUCGAGCUGGAACAAGAUCUCGUGACUUAUAUGAACAGCGAAAUUUGUUACACAAUCAAACGAUUGCUGCCGGGAGACUUGAAAACGCUUUACAUGGGCCCUGGAAAUAGUGUUACGGACUUGCUUGAGAUGCUGUCACCAAAUCCGUUCAGUGAUUCUUUCAGUUGUAUCGAAAAUACGACAAAAGGAGGCGUUUACGUGACGGAAAAUGUAACGAUUGGAUGUAUUAUUGAUACUUCAUGGAGUCUUCAAAUGAUGUCAGAAAGUAAUAGUCAAGCGUGGGAGUGUCCGAUUUGUCACAAUGAAUAUUUUGUUGCAGGAAUUGAAAAGCUUAAACAUUCGAAAGAAUGUAAGAAAAUGCAAGAAGAAAUGCAAGCCAAUGAAGAUAAAAAAAUAAAAAAUGAUGGUGAAGGAACCUCAAAAGCUCAAAUUUGUGAUAAUUGUAAACAGCCCUUACCUAAAACUCCCAUCGAAAUAUUGAGGCAUAAGAAAAAAUGUGCCCCGAAAGAUGAAAAUAUUGAAUAAAAAG